UCCCUAUUCUACUUCGGGAUAUCUCAAUGAGAUUUAAUAAUAGCGAAUAGAGAUAUAUCCAAUUCAGUGUGCAUGGUGAUCAUUAAGCGCUCUAUCGUUGAAUAAUUAUGGGGCUAUUAUACUGAGAUGCCUUUGAGGUUUAUUGAAGUAAUAAUACAGUAUUUUGCCAAAACAUAAAAGGAUCCGGGGUAAGCUACCUAUUGGGGUAAUUUAAUCCAUAAAGUGUAAAGGCAAAAUGUACAAGUGUAUUAUAUUUUGGAGGUGUCAAAAGACAUACUCAACACUUGGUUUAAUUUAUCUUCCUCCAUGAAGUUUUAGGUGAGUACUAAUAUUCACAAAAGGAGAGGAGGGAAGAUACGAGAUGAGACUAAACUCAAUCACUAAACCUCAAUUUCUCAAUAAAGGAACAAAUAGAGAGUUAAGGAUGUUAUGGUUUCGUUGACCUCUUAAGGACAUGGUGAGGAGUAUUUCUACUUACGAGACUCCAUUUGGAUAAAAGCCAUAAAGGUUACAACGUACAUCCUUAAAUUGAGUAUCCAGAAGGUAGUUAAUGUAAUCAAUAAGUGCAAUAAGGACCUUGCACAUUUAGGGUUGUCCAACUUAGGAAAUACCUUGUAAGGUACAAGAAGGUAUAAUGGACAAAAGAAUUAACUUAUAUUUUGUUGGCUACUCAAUAGUACUCUCGAGGCUAAAAGUUUUAUAAUCCCACCUCAAGAAGUUUUUUUUUAAUGAGAAAUAGAAAUUUCUUGAGGAUAUUGAGUUUGGGGGGAAGGAACCAUAUGGAAAUGUUGUUACUACACAAACUCAACAAACUCAAGAAAUGCCAUCAAUUAGGAUAUCCACAAAGUAGUUGUAUCUUCUUUGAACAUAAGGAUGACGUCAAGUUGACUAAUGAUCAGGUUCAUAUUAGUCUAGUCAUGCACAGUUCUAGUUAUGAAAAGUGGAUUGAUGUCAUGUGGUGAAGUCAAUGAGAGAUAUAAGGCAUGUUGGUCUCUAAGGCUUUACUAAUAAGGAAAGUAUUGACUCAAGAGACUUUCUCUCUGGUAUAUUUGAAAGACUCUUUAAGGAAUAUAAUGGCAAUGGUGGCUCAUAUAAGUAUCUCAUUAUUGAUAUCACAAUGAUUCUCAUGUUAUUAGCUCAUUCAGAAUUAGAGACUAAUGUUGGAGAUGAUUGUGUAUAUCUUAAGUUCAGUGGGAGUAUAUCCUUUUUCCUGUUUUAUACAUCGUGGUUGUUCUACUUAAGGUGCAAGUAGAAUAAGUUAGUAAACCAGGAGAUAUGUUGUAGCUAAGGGAGACAGUUUUGGUCUCAAUCAGUGCCCCAAUUAUAUUUAAGAAAUUAAGAUACAAAAUCUCUUGAAUGCAUAUUUGCAUUAAAGAACUAAUGUAUAGUUUAGUUUAUUCUCAUCCCAAUAAAGCAUUUCUAGUAAGAGUUUUUUGACAGAUAUUUGUUUGGUCUAUGCAAGAAAUACUAGAAGGAUUCAAACGUGUUACGCGUUUACUAAAGUUGAUAAAAAGAAUUCAUGCAAAUUUGUUAGAGAUCAGAUAAUUUAGAGAUCAUCAAGUACUCUGACUCUGAUGUUACAGGAUGUCAAGGUAGCAUAAACUCUACAUCAGGUUACCCUUCAUUGUUGGGUAGAGUUCAAAGCAUAUCUUGAGACUUCCUAUUAUGGUUGCAAAGUUUUUGUCACUAGAAUGACCUUGGUAAGUUAUUAAAGGUUAAUAGUGACAAUAAUUUGAUGGUGAUACACUAUCAUUACCAUGGAUUUCAGAAGUCAAAUAUAUUGACAUCAAGUUCCUGGUGGUUAAAGAUAAAGUUCAAAAUAGACAAGUUUCUAUUGAACAUUAAGGACAUGACUAAUGCUAGCUUAUCCAUUAGCCAAUGGUUUGACACAUAAAGGUUUUUUCAUGAGCAUAUUGCUCACAUGAGUGUUAUUCCGGAUGGUACCUUGGUUUAGUGGGAGUCGUUUAAGUAUGUUCAAUAGAUUAUGACUAAAUCAAUUCUGCAGAAUAAAGUGAUGGUUUUCUAGAGUCUAUUUUGGAAUUUAAAGUGCCUUCAGUUAUACAGUGGUCACAUUGUAUGAAGGAAUUUCAGUUGAUCUCACUAAGGACUAAAGUAGGACCAGUUGAAAAUAGGCAUGUUCAAGAUCACAUUGCAUGUAAUUUUCAUGCCACUCAUCCAUAUUUGAUCUAUGUCAUUGAGUGUAUUGGUAUGGUGAUCAUGGUGGUUUAGUCAUUAUCAUAUUGUGAUUAAAGCCGCGUUGGUUCCAUAAUUGAUACAGGAGGUGGACCAGAUUGUUUUAGGAGAUGUCUAAGUACAAAUAGCAUACGGUUGCGUGCCUAAAGAAUUUUGUGAUAUAAUUGUUUCAAGAAAAAUAUGUAGCCCAAGUGGGAGAUUGUUAGGAAAUUCUAUUUCCAAUUAUGAUAUGGGCCACAUAUUUUACAAUUAUAUGGGCUAUUUGGUUAUGUGGGCUAAUUGAAAGUGAUCCAAUUAGGAGCCCAAAGACAUCUUGCAUUGAUAUGGGCAUAAAUGGGUGGAAACCCAAUACUUGUUCACCUUGGGUCUUAUGGGAGCCCAUGGUGACUAGUAUAUAAAGGAGCUUGAGGUUGUGGUCCCCAAGACACCAAGACGAAACACUCUCUUCUUCUCCCCAUCAGGAAGAUCAGAGGAUUCCCGUUAGUGGUCUAAGGAGGCUUGGUUGAGGAAGAUCAUGCUACCUCCCGGAUCGUGCUCCCAGAAGUAUCGUCCGGUUGCAUAUCGUCUUAUGUUUUCCGCAUCAAGAUCCAGAGGAUCAACCGACCCGAAUCCAGUUAUUCCUACUAAUCUUUGAUAAUCUUAUAGGAUGAAGUUUCGGGGAUUACAUAUGUUAAAAGUAAUUCUAACACUAAAACCAUAGUUUGUAAAUACUCCGUUUAAUACACGUAUAUGUACCCGUACUUAUUUUAUCCGUUUAAAACUUCCGUAUCCAUAGGGAUCGGUUAGCAUGCUAACCCUUCUAAGGGGUUGGAAAAAUGACACCCCUAUUAAUUAUAGUUAUUUUUGUAUUAAAUUCGUGUUGCAUUUAAUAUUUUUUGGAAAUUAAAAACUCAUCUUAAUUGCAUUCCUUUUUUUUUAACUACCAUUGCACUGAUACAACUAUCAUUGCACAUGUAUACUGAACUCAUAUUAAUUACGUUCCUUUUUUGGAACUACCAUUGCACUGAUACAUCUACCAUUGCACCUGUACACUAAUACCAUUGCACUCAUACAACUACCAGUGCACUGAAAAAGGAAAGUAAUUAAUAUAUAUUUUUAAUUCAUACAGAUUAUUAAAUGCAACACAAAUUAAUUACCUUAAAAACCUAUAAUUAAUAGGGGUGUCAUUUUUCCAACCUUUUAGGGGCUGGCAUGCUAUCUCAUCCUGUAUCCGUAUUAUUAUCAAGCUGUUUCAUUUUCCCUCGUUCAUUUGAUGGUUCCCGUACUAAACAUGUAUAAAACCCGUAAAAUACGUUUAAUAUCCGUAUUUAAUGAAUUAAAUUGUUAACUUUACUAUUAUUUAUAUAUUUAUUUAUUUUUAAAAUAAUUAAUUUUAUUUAUUUAUGACUAUUAGCGUACUAUUAAACGUAACGUUAGUUUAGAGACGACGUAAAAUACCCGUACGUAUUUUAUACGUAACUUUUUCGUACCGUAUUUUACUAACUAUGACUAAAACACCUCUUAUUUUUAACCCAAAAAAAGUGCAAGGAACCAAACUAAUCAACACGUGAAGGUUUAGGUACUAAACUAAAGUUUUUUCACGGUCAUAAAUAAUAAAUAAAAAAUAGGGUAAAUACAAUUUAAUAUCCAAACCUUUCAUCUUAAACAAUAUAAUAGCCAAACCUUUUCGAAAACAAUCUAAUAUCCAAAUUAUCAACUUUCCGUCCGUUUGACCGUUAGUUGACACUUCAAAAAAGCUUUGUUUAGGGAAAAUUGUCACAAUACAACUUUGUUUUCUUGUUUUGGCAUUGCAGAUGACUGAAUAUUUAGAUAUUCUAUACUAUCACGGUGGAGUCAUGGAUUUUUCGGGUUUGGAACCACGAUAUGUUUGUGGUUUUCAGAGAAAAUAUCGAUGGAUAUUGAUGAAGUGUCGUACUUCGAACUUGAUGAAGUGUCAACAAACGGUCAAACGGACGGAAAGUUGAUGAUGUGGAUAUUAGAUUGUUUUCGAAAAGGUUUGGCUAUUAUAUUAUUUAAAAUGAAAGGUUUGGAUAUUAAAUUGUAUUUACUAAAAAAUAUGAAAUUAAAAAUUAAUAUAUACCGGAAGUGGAAGGAAGGAAGGAACAGUCUGCAUGGACUGGUGGCGGCUUUAAAACCAGACAAAAAUCAUCAUUCCAAUUCCUCAUCGCUAACAGAUCAAUCUCCCACUCUCUCUGUAAAUUCCCUCAUUCCAGAUUUCGGGCUUCUCCAGUUCUUCUUCACAUUGUAGCAUUUGAUUCCUUUUCCCCCAAUUACCCUGUUCGCCGUCAUCGCUACAGUCACCGGCAAUUGUAACCUCCACUGCCGCCGUCCCCUUCCACAAUGCUACCAUACAACUCCAUCGAGGCGGCGGCGGCCCACUUGGGCCGCAACCUGACCUACGCCGAGACACUCUGGUUCAAUUACUCCGCCGACAAGUCCGACGACGUCCUCGCCUGCCACAACAUUCUCUUCCUCUGCCUCUUCUUCUCCGUGGCUCCGCUCCCUUUCGUCUUCAUCCAGCUUCUCCGGUCCCCUUUCUUCGAGAAACACAAAAUCCAGCCCAAAAUCCAGCCGUCCGCCGCCGAAAUCUUCAACUGCUACAAGGACGUCAUGCUCUCCUUCUUCUUCGUCGUCGGUCCCCUGCAGCUCAUCUCCUACCCUUCCGUCAAGGCUGUUGGGGUACAUACAGGGCUGCCAUUGCCAUCAAUUGGGGAAAUUUCUGCCCAAUUGUUGGUUUACUUUCUGAUUGAGGAUUAUACACAUUACUGGAUCCACAGAUUCCUUCAUUGCAAAUGGGGAUACGAGAAAAUCCACAAGGUUCACCACCACUACACAUCCCCAAUUGCAUUUGCUGCACCAUAUGCUCACUGGGCUGAGAUCUUGAUCCUCGGGAUCCCGUCUUUUCUGGGACCGGCAAUGGUUCCUGGUCACGUCACCACUUUCUGGCUCUGGUUCGUUUUGCGGCAGAUCGAGGCCAUAGAUACGCACAGUGGAUAUGAUUUCCCAUGGAGUGUGACGAAAUACAUACCAUUCUAUGGCGGUGCGGAUCACCAUGAUUACCAUCACUAUGUUGGAGGCCAAAGCCAGAGCAACUUCGCGUCGGUGUUCACUUACUGUGAUUACAUCUAUGGAACCGACAAGGGUUACCGAUACCAAAAGAAGGCCCUUCAGAAACUGCGAGAGGGAGUAAAUGGUGGGGAAGACGGAGAUGGAGGCUUCAAAUCGGACUAGAACGUGAUCAGAGCUGUCAAGGUAGUGCAGUCGUAUGGCGGGGAGAUUUCCAAUGGCGUUCCAAGUGUUUUCUCAUACCUAGCACUGUUGUUGUGUUAACAUGGCAGAAGUAAUAAGUUGGGUUAGCUUGUGGUGUGUGAGCUUAGGCAGAGUUUUUGUCAAUAAUCGGUAUGGAUUGCAUUUGUAUCUCAGUUGAAGGUGUUGAAUCAAUAAGUGUGCUGUUUCUGUCAACAUGGGAGCUUUCUAGGGCCGUCAUUUUCAUGUAGGGUUGGGGUUGACAUUGUUUAUCAAUUACUUUACUCAAAAUAGUUUGGGUUUUAGUUAUAUUCGUAUUCAUAUACAUACAAGUAUAGUGUAGAAAAUUGAAACCAUGGUCAUACUCAGCGAUCGGAUUUCAGGUAUUUAUGGUUAUAUAUAGGUAGUAAUUUUGCUUCAUAGUUUCGAUAAAAAUGGAUUAAUUGC